AUGGUCGGGUCUCCUGCGCUGCUCCUUCUGCUCGCUCUGGGGCUCUGCUGCCCUGGCCAGGGGCAAAAACCGAGCAUCAAGUUUCGUGACAGAGGAACCAGGCACCCCCAGGUGGGACGGCGGCUGGAGCUGGAGUGUCAGACCUCCAAGGAUGACAACGGCAUGUCCUGGAUCCGCCAGGACAAGGGUGGGACCCUUCACUUCAUUGUCUACAUCUCUUCCCUGUCCCGGACCACCUUCAAGGAGAAGGAGAGGACAUCCACACGUUUUCAGGCGAUGAAAGACAACGGGUUCUACCGGUUGAUAGUGAAGUCUUUCACACUGCAGGAUGAGGGGAACUAUUUCUGUCUCGUGAACAGUAACCAAAUGCUGUACUUCAGCCCUGGCCAACCUGUCUUCUUCCCAGUCACCACCACCGUGGCACCCACUACACCAGGACCCACCACCCAGCAUGGCAUCAACACAACGGGCUCCUGCCUGAAGACCCCGAAUUCAGGAAAGGCUACGGAUGUCAAAAAAAGCAUAAGCAUGUCUCAUGCCUUGGCACACUGCGAAGAGGUGGAGGGAGGCAAGGAGAAAGAGAUGAAAUUCUUCUGUGACAUCUUUAUCUGGGUGCCCCUGGCAGGCGCCUUCCUCCUUCUCCUCCUCGCCCUGGCGGCCACCAUCAUGCUGUGUCAACAAACCAGAAGACGAAGAUGCAGAUGUAAAAGAUCUGCAAACGGGAAACCCAACGUGAAAGACAGCAUGCCAGGCCGACACAUAUGA